CCUCAGCCGGAACAAUGGCGCGAGAUCAUGAACAAAAAGAUGCGUUUCCCUCCCGGGCUCAUCAACGCCAUCCAAGAAGGGAAAAUAGGGCUGCUGAGUGGGUUGCUUAAGACGGGGGAUGGCAUCAUCCGUCAGCUGGACGAGUCUGAAGAUCGCCAGUGGAGAGAGGCUCUAAACCUCUCCAUCCGCUUGGGGAAUGAGGACGCUAUGGAUGCGCUCCUUCAUGGGGUCAAGUUUGACUUCCGGCAGAUUCAUGAAGCUCUGCUGGUUGCUGUUGACACCAACCAGCCCCUGGUGGUGAAGCGCUUGCUGGACCGUCUGGACCAGGAGAAGGGCAACAAGAUGGAUGUGCGAUCCUUCUCUCAAGCCAUUUUCGACCGCUCUAUUGACAACUCACAGUUUGCUCCUGGUGUAACUCCUUUGACGUUGGCCUGUCAGAAAGACCUGUAUGACAUCGUUACCAUGCUCACCCAAAAAGGCCACGUCAUUCCAUAUCCUCACAAGAUGUCCUGCGCUUGUUUGGAGUGCCGCAAUGGCCGACAGUAUGACCUGUUGAAGUUCUCCUUGUCUCGUAUCAACACCUAUCGUGGCAUCGCCAGCCGUGCAUACCUGUCCAUAACCUCUGAGGAUGCGAUGCUCAGUGCAUUUAGUCUCAGCAAAGAGCUCCGGAAACUGUCCCAGAAAGAGCCUGAAUUUAAGCCACAGUACCUCAGCCUGGAGCAACUGUGUCAAGAGUUUGCGUUUGAAUUGCUUGGCAUGUGUCGUAAUCAGAGUGAGGUCACCACCAUCUUGAACAGUUGUGGAGACGAGACCCAGGAAGCUUUACAUGAGCAGGCCUUUGAGGAGGGAAUACCAAACCUGUCCCGCCUGCGGCUUGCUGUCAAUUAUAACCAGAAGCAGUUUGUGGCACACCCAAUCUGCCAGCAGGUUCUGUCAUCUAUCUGGUGCGGAAACCUGGCUGGAUGGAGAGGCAGCAGGACAGCUUGGAAGCUCCUAGUCUCCGUGGGAAUUUUUUUCACCAUGCCUCUUCUUUGUCUUGUUUACUGGAUAGCACCAAAGUCCAAGGUAGGAAAGAUCCUAAAGAUCCCAGUGAUCAAAUUCCUUCUUCAUGCUGCAUCAUAUCUGUGGUUCCUCAUCACAUUACUUGGAGAGUCAAUAACCAUGGAGAUGUAUCGAGAUAAAUUUGCCUCUAGACACCAGGACAUUCUGCACAGCUCAUUCCACAUGGUGUGGGUGGUCGGAUUCUUCUGGUAUGAGUGUAAAGAAGUGUGGAUUGAAGGGUUGCGGAGCUAUUUUCUUGACUGGUGGAACUGCCUGGACAUGGUGGUGCUCAGCAUGUACCUGGCAUCCUUUACGCUGCGUGUGGUCAUCAUGCUCAAAGGCUACUUCCUCUGCCACGAUGACAGCAACAGCGAGCAGUGCAUCUACUUCACUCAGACAGUACGAGACGACUGGCAUCAGGAAGACCCCCAGCUGAUUUCAGAGGUGCUGUUCGCCGUGACGAGCAUGCUGAGCUUUACCCGUUUGGCGUACAUCCUGCCAGCCCAUGAGUCCCUGGGAACGCUUCAGAUCUCCAUUGGAAAGAUGAUUGAUGACAUGAUGAGAUUCAUGUUUAUACUCAUGAUUAUUGGAACAGCAUUCCUCUGUGGCAUCAACAACGUCUAUGUUCCUUAUGUCAUCUCUCCCCAUCUCGGCAGGUUUAAUGAAACUUUCAACUUCUUAUUCUGGACCAUGUUUGGUGUUGCCAACCAGGACUUUGUGGACAUGCCACAGUUUGUGUUGGCAGAGUUUGUGGGGAGGAUUUUGUACGGUAUCUUCACUCUUGUCAUCGUCAUUGUCCUCCUCAACAUGCUCAUUGCUAUGAUUACAAACUCAUUUCAGAAAAUUGAGGAUGAUGCGGACGUCGAGUGGAAGUUUGCCAGAUCAAAGCUGUACCUCAGUUACUUCAGAGAGGGCCUGACCAUGCCUGUGCCCUUCAACAUCAUUCCUUCACCUAAAGCUGUGUUUUACAUACUGAGGGGUAUCUUCAGACGAAUCUGCUGCUGCUGCACUUAUUCUUCAGAGCAAAAAUAUCCUCCUAUAGACUCCAUGCCCAGUGACAGGAUGUCUGAGGAGAGCCAGAUACCGUACCGCCAGCAGGUGAUUAGGGCAUUGGUGCAGCGCUACAUUGAGUCUGCUCGCAGAGAGUUUGAGGAGACCAAGAGGAAAGAUAUCGGUAAUCGGAUUACUGAACUCAGCAAAGCUGUGACCAGGAUGCACAGUGAUAUGAAAGUUUUUCAGCAGCUCCUGAUGGCUGAUCGUCCUGCUGCCAUUGAUGCCCUGACUAACGAUGGAUCCUCCGUGCUCGGAAAAUACAUAACUGGUGCCAAGAAUAAUUUUAGAGGUUUUAACAGCAGACAAGACGACAAAAAUACAUCACUUAAAUUGGCAGUGAAUCAUGGAGAGGAAGGGGAAGGUCAAGAAAAAGCUGAUUUAGAGACUCAGGAGUCCGAUUCACAGCAGGUGGAUGAAUGUAGAGAAGUGGGAGCUAUGCAGGAGAAAGACUGUGAGGUGGUGAAAAUGGAGGAAGGACGAGCUAAAGAGGAGAGCAGUUUGACAGGGGAGCAGGCAGAAACGGGCAAGAAUGAAAAUGGCAAAGACAUAGAAGAGAUUGCAGAAAGGGUAAGUUUUGCCACCCUUGAAGAAGAGGUUAACAGUGGAGCAAAGGUGCCAGGAAAACCCUCAGAGAUUAUCCCAGAGCACACCGAGAGCACCACAGUCAGCUGUGAAACAAAUGACACCAAAGAGAUACUGAGGAAGUUCAAAGACCUGGAGCUGAGAGAUAAACAAGCUAAAGCAGAAUUAAUUAAAGGUAAAAAAGUUGAGAAUGGAGUAGCAGAAAAGCUGCAUGGUAGGGGCAGUGGAGAAAAACCUGGAGAUAUCAAAAUAACACCAUCUCCAACAGGAAGCAGCAGCUCACAGGACACGGGCUUUGGUUCACGGGAGGCUGUAGGGUCGAUUGAUGGCUUAACUGUGAAAACUUAGAUCAUCUGAUUCUUUUAGGCUGUCACAAUCAGAUGAGUUUCCUCUUAAUCUGAUUUGAAUAAACGUUUUCAAGUGCAAAGAAAAGUCAAAAUGAAACCAGCAAAUUAAAUGCAAAGGUAAAUCUGAAAGACACUCCAAAUUACUGUCUGUCAAGUUAAUACAUUCUGCCUUCCCCCAAAGGUGACUGGAACUGCUGCCCUUCAGGUUUAAGACAGACAACAAAUAUUUUGGCUCCAUAUCUCAGUGAUCAUUGGAUUCAAAUCAGAAAAAAUGCUAAAUUUAAUAAAAGUAGCAGUAAAAUGUAGUUACAGUUUGCACAAUGUCACUUUUAAGUUUUAUAUUUAACAUUUUCGGUAGGCCAUUCUAGUUUUGAAAUAACUGAAGUAGGAGAAAACAAACGGGCUGUUUUGUACUUACUGUUUUUACUCUAUAAAGCCAUUAAAUGGUUUGGAAUCACA